AUGAAGGAAGCCCACGUCUCAGCCGAGACCACCGUCUCACUUCACGAAGUUCCAAUCCCAACCAUCAUACACCCAUAUUCCGUCCUCAUAAAAGUCGCUUGCACGUCAUGCAACCCCAAAGAUUGGAAAUUGCCCACCGCUACCCUGAUGACAAUACAUUCUUGUCCCAACUCCGGGGACGAUAUCGCUGGCACAGUCGUUAGUGUUGGCAGCUCAGUCCUCUCUUUCAAGCCUGGAGAUCGUGUAGCUGCCCUUCAUGAGUUGGGGACUCCUCAUGGGAGUUACGCGGAGUACGCCGUUGCCUACGAGUGGACUACAUUUCAUCUUGAUGAUGGAAUGAGCUUUGAAGAGGCGUGUACUGUUCCAAUGGCCGCUUACAUUGGUGUCAUUGCCCUCUGCGGGAUGUUGAGAGUCAAAGCUGGCCCUUGGGAAAUUGUUGAGCAGUCUGUGAAGAAAGGUGAGAAAGAAGGAGAGCCAUUGUUGGUUUAUGGAGCGAGCAGUGCUGUCGGUGCUUCCGUCAUCAAAUUAGCCGGGAUCAUGGGAAUACACCCCUUGAUCUGUGUUGCAGGAAGAGGAGGGACAUUUGUCGAAACGUUGAUUGAUGAAAGUAAAGGGGAUGUGAUUAUUGAUUAUAGGCAAGGACCGGAGAAGGUGCUGGAAGAAGUCAAGAAUACCUUAGGUGGGAAGAAGCUGAAAUACGUCUUCGACGCUAUCAGUGAAAACGGAAGCCAUGAGAACUAUUGGCGAGCCAUGGACGUACAGGAAGGGAGCGUUACCUUCGUGCUAGGCGGCCAUAGAGAAGAUAUUCUAGAAAGUAUUCAUCAAUCUACGACGAUGGCAGGCAGCCUUUGGAAGGAGUUGCAACCCCUUGGCGAGAAAGAUAGGUUGGGGAUUGGCGCUGGUGGAAAGGAUUUUGGGUUUGCGUACUCGAGGUUAAUUGGGAGCUGGUUGCAGGAAAGGAAGCUCAAGAUCCAUCCUUUCGAAGUCGUGGAAAAUGGAUUAAGGGGUUUGGAGAAGGCAUUGAAGACACUAAGGGAGGGGAAAUCCUCAGCUACGAAAUAUGUUGUUCGUAUUGCAGAUACACCGGAUCUGAGGUCUACAGAGAAACCUGAAUCGCAAUCCUCUUCCUAA